AUGGAUGCAAAGCUAGCCGCUUUAGAGGGCAGAUUGCUGCCAGAGAAGUCACUUCGCCCAGCCCUCGCCUCAGAUACUAGGAGACUUGCAUCCUCUAAGCCAGAGGCGACAGCCAAAAAGACGAAGCGGAAGAAAAGUAAGAAGAAGAAAACAAACGCAAUCACAUCCACUAUGGUUGCAGAUUCGCCUGCGGGAAUAGUCACUUCGGCUGCAAAGGAUGUAGGUAUGACCGGGAACAGCAAAUUCUCAAGAUACCACCACGUGGUCAUUAGAAGUGGGACAAAACAAAACUUAUUUCCAACGUUAGAUUCUGAUAACCAAAUAUUCGAUGGUAUAUUGUACAAACAGCUCCCCAUCUGCAACAUCCGUGUUUCUCACAACAACACUAUAUUUACGAUGACUGAUGCCAGUGGUACUGUGAAGAUUAUCAGAUCAUGUGGUAUGGAAGGCUUCAAGAAUACUAAGAAGGGAACCAAUAUUGCUGCUCAAACUACUGCAAUUGCUAUAGCUACUAAAGCCAUAGACAGAGGUUUCAAAACCAUCAGAGUAAGAGUGCAAGGACUGGGACCAGGCAGACUGGCGGCAGUCAAAGGCUUACAAAUGGGUGGUUUGAAUAUUGUCUCAAUCACAGACAAUACCCAUGUGUCAUGGAACCCUCCCCGACCUAGAAAAGCCAGAAGAUUGUAA